AUGGCUUCAAAUUCAAAUUGGGAUAGUGUUGACAGCCUCGAUCAGUACGAGCGAUUUGUAGCUCGUGAGCUGCCCAUCCUCCUCCGCAGAAUGCUCGAGCAAGAUCUCGACCAAAACGAUCAUCUAACCAAAAGCCGAGUGAUCGAUAUUGUGGAAGCGGCACAAGCCAAAUUACUUCAUCAAUUUCGCGCUACUCGUCACUCCGGGCCCAAUGCUUCACGACAAGCAUCGUUGCGUCCGGAAGAUCCGAAACCACCAGAGGGAGAGCAACUUCACAGUCCAGCAAUGCCCUUAACUUCCACAUUCUCUCCACUUCAUAUUGUCCCCGAAAUGCUUCAAUUCGACAACGUUUAUGAUUCUUAUCUCGGUCACAAUGGGGGAGAGACUACGUGGGGGAUGAAUGGCGAGGAGCAGAGUCUCUGGCCAGAGCUGCUAGGCAGAUCUGAGCCGGCAUUCUCCGGUGUCUGA